GUUGACGUUUGAGUAAAUGUAAGAGAACAUCAAGUUUCCUUAAUAAACUUUAGAUCGUUUAGUAAAUUGUAAUAAAAAGUGUAUUGUAUUGGCAGACACAGUAAUCUCAUAUAUUUUAUUUUACUUAUUAAUAUAACAAUUUUCUAUCAAUAUGAUUAGUGGCCGCGCCUUACAUUUUGUAUUCAAAGUUGCUGAUAGAACUCUCACAGCGAAAUUCUACAGAGAUGUUUUGGGAAUGAAGGUACUCCGUCAUGAAGAAUUCAGCGAAGGUUGUGAGGCAGCAUGCAAUGGACCAUAUGCUAACAGAUGGAGCAAAACCAUGAUCGGUUAUGGGCCAGAAGAUACACAUUUUGUUGUAGAACUCACCUACAACUAUGGCAUUACACAUUAUGAGCAAGGCAAUGAUUUCCUUGGCCUCACUAUACAAUCUUCUGAGACUUUGAAGAGGGCAACCGCAAACAAUUGGCCAGUUAAGGAAAACAAUGGUAUAAAAUAUGUGGAAGCUCCCGGCGGAUACAAAUUCUACAUAAUUGACAAGCCGCAGCCAUUAGAUAAAGAUCCAGUCGUGAAAGUGUCUCUAGCAAGCUCAAAUCUAGCAAAAUCUAUUGCCUACUGGAACGGACUACUGACAUUGAAGAUCUUCGAGAAGAAGGAUAAAUCUGUAUUGCUUGGUUUCAGUGACGAUCAAGCAAAAUUGGAGCUUAUUGAAAUUGGUGAACCAGUGAACCGCGCCAAGGCGUACGGUCGCAUCGCGUUCUCCUGCCCCUUCGAUCAACAGCCAAUUAUAGAGAAAAAAAUUCAAGAAGCAAAUGGCACCAUUCUAACUCCCUUGAUAUCCCUGGACACGCCAGGGAAGGCGACCGUCCGGGUAAUAAUCCUGGCCGACCCCGAUGGCCACGAGAUUUGCUUCGUAGACGACGAAAGUUUCAGGCAACUGUCGCAAGUGGACCCCAAAAGCGAUGCCGAUCUCGACAAAUAUAUUAAGUCUGAUAAAUCUAGGGCUUGAGCGUGAUUAUUUUAUUAUUUUUACGUUAAUAAAAUACUUAAAAAUAUUUAUUAAGUAUACUGAUGUUCAACUUGUGAUAAAAUAUUUAAAGAUAUGGUGUUUGCGUAAUUCUAGCAUUCCGCUAAAAUAUAUUAUUUGUUAAGAAAAUCUAUUAUAGUAAAACACAACAUUGUAUUGCUAUUAUUUAAUAUUAAAUAAAUUUUCAAAAUAAUGUACUAGUUUUAUU